AAGCUUAGUGGUUCAUUACAUCUCUUAUCAUCCCUCAAACACAAAAAGGGCGCUUGUAAGAAACAUGUUUCAAACAGCUACGAAACAGCCCAAGUGCCCAAACGACAAUUCUAUACUAAUUACAGGUUAGUUUACGCACGAAAGAUAGCAGCUGAAAAUGGUGGAUUUUUCAUGAACCAAUUUGGUAACGCCGAUAAGGCCGAGGAAUUUCACGAAAGUGGAGGAUUCCCGUUUGAAUCGGCUAACAUUAUGCAUGAGAUUCUCGUCCAACUAGAGGAUGUGAAAGUACCUCAUUAUUUCGUUCACGCUGCCGGCACAGGUGGUACGAUUUCUUCGGUUGGUCGUUAUGUCAGGAAAUACGGUGUCAACACAGAAGUCGUUCUGGCUGAUACGCAAUUUUCUAUUUACUACGACUACGUUUUGCACGAUAGAUUCAAAAACGAGUCCGGAGCAAGUUUUUGGGUGGAUCCUGGAAUGGCCGGGAUUGGUUACGGGCCAAUGGGUAUGGCACGGAAGGGUGAAACAACUAGUAUGGACGCCGCAGUUAUCGACCGUGUGGUGAAAGUUCCGGACGUGGCCGCGACUGCCGCUAUGGGAGUAUUGCGCGAGCAGGGAGCGUCUGGGGGUACCAGCAGUGGUUUGAACCUGCUCACCUCUAUGCAUAUCGCAGCAACAAAGCCACCGAAAGCCCGCUUGACUAUUGCAACGUUGUUAGCCGAUCCCGGACACAAUUACGAUACCACAUAUUACAAUAGGACUUGGAUUGAACAGAACUUCUCACGACAUGGUGGAUUAGAAGCUUACGACUGUUGGUAUUCGGUGAUCUCAGAAAGCCUUUAUUCAGGAGAUGAUCCCUUGUUUAUAGGAUAUCAACGAUGUCCCACCGGAAUAUUUACCUGA